GCUGCCAUCAUAGCUAAAGUUAAUAAAACAGUUUUAACUUGUUUUCAUAUACAUUUGAUAUAUUUUAAAAAUGUGUUCGACCCGAGUAGACAUGGGCUUUUGAAACAAAAUUUAAUAUAAUUACAGUUUGGAGUGUUCAAUAUUUAUUAUCUACUUUUACACAACGUUUAUAAUUUCUUCAAAAUUUCUGGAAUAGACAUAUGUUUUUUCAACUCUAUAUAACCGUACCAUCAAAUUCAAGUGUAGCGAGUAAAUCAAACACAAAGCUGGUACAAAAAAUAGUUUACAUAGUAGAUACGGCUGGGAUUCCACUAUAAAAAUGACCAGUUAUGCGGGCAGUCGCCAGGUGACCACACGCAGCUCGGACAUUGAUGCAUUGGCUCAGCGUGGAUACAACAUUGGACACAAGAUCGGUGAGGGUUCGUAUGCGACUGUUAUCACCGCUGGCUAUGCGGACGAGAGUGGACAUGGCGUGAAUCUAGCGUGUAAGAUUAUUGAUAAGGCAAAGGCGCCCACCGAUUUCGUGCACAAGUUCUUUCCACGCGAGCUGGAAAUCUUGACGAAACUGGAUCAUCCCCAUAUCAUACAGAUACAUAGCAUUCUGCAGCGCGGCCCAAAGAUCUUCAUAUUCAUGCGCUAUGCCGAGAAGGGCGAUAUGUUGUCGCACAUUAAGAAGUCCGGCCCCAUCGAUGAGACACAGUCGAAGGUGUGGUUCUUUCAGAUGGCGAAAGCUCUAAAAUACCUGCACUCCCAUGAUAUCGCCCAUCGUGAUCUCAAGUGCGAGAAUAUUCUACUUUCCAAGCGUCUCAAUGUUAAAUUGGCUGAUUUUGGUUUUGCUCGAUAUUGUCGCGAUGCAAUCGGAUCAGAGCUGAAGUCGGAAACAUAUUGCGGCUCCGCUGCCUAUGCAGCACCGGAAGUUGUUUGCGGCGUACCCUAUGAUCCCAAGAGGGCUGACGCCUGGUCGCUGGGCGUCAUAUUGUUUAUUAUGCUAAACGGAAAGAUGCCAUUCGAUGAUAGCAAUCUGACCAAACUGCUGGAGGAUCAGCGCAGCAAGAAAUAUUCGUUUCGCCGCAAACUGCACGAUGUAAUCUCAUCUCAUGCCAAGAGCACAGUGUCUGUCCUGCUCGAGCCGAAUUCAACAGUUCGCUGGGAUCUGAGCGAGGUGCUCAACUGCGACUGGCUGCAAUCGGUCAACGAUCGACGUCCGUCAGUCUCCUCUUAAUGGGUGGAAUUAAAGUGGAAAUUGAUCUUAAUUGCUAUUCAUAAUAGUAUAUUUAUUGAUAUAAUUGUAUACGAAUCCCUUAUAUAAUAGUAGUUGGGUAAAUUAUUAGUAAACCCUGCCACCAACCCCACAUUAAAUGAGGUAUAAAUUAAAAAUUGUCAAGAGUA